GACUCGACAGCUCACCGCUGCUAAACGAAAUCAAAGCACGAAAAGGACACGCGAGAACGAAAAGCAAACCGCAAAGGGAAAAUCCUCGUCUCGUCUCGUCUCGCUCGCUCGUGCCGGCCUGCAUCCCUUCUUCCUCCCCACGUUCUUCCAACGGGGCGAUCGUCCGCGGGGACCCUGAGCCGGGAGGAGGUCGCCACGGCGGGAAGGGCAGCAGCAGCAGCCUAGCCCCCGGAUGGGCGACGACAAGUCUGCGCUGAGCCUGAGCCCCAUGGGCAGCCGCGACCGCGACCGGGAGCUCCUUAUCCCCGUCUCCGGCGGCGGCGGCGGCGGGGGCUCGUCCCCUCGCGACGGCGACGAGGGGAUGGACAGGGCCGCCUCCGCCUCCGCCGCGCUCUCUUCCUCCGGCCGCGAGGCUUUCCAUAAGGUGGUCCGCAGCUGGGCCUCAAAGAAGUUCAUGACUGGCUGCGUAAUUCUCUUCCCCAUAGCAAUAACAUUCUACUUUACCUGGUGGUUCAUUCAUUUUGUUGAUGGAUUCUUCUCUCCAAUCUAUGCACAACUGGGAAUCAACAUUUUUGGUCUUGGCUUCAUUACUUCGGUUACUUUCAUAUUUUUCGUUGGAGUCUUCAUGUCAUCUUGGGUUGGAGCAUCUGUUCUUAGCCUUGGUGAAUGGAUUAUUAAGCGCAUGCCACUUGUGCGCCAUAUCUACAAUGCAUCCAAGCAAAUAAGUGCUGCAAUAUCGCCUGAUCAGAACAAGCAGGCGUUCAAGGAAGCAGUCAUCAUAAGACAUCCUCGUGUUGGGGAAUAUGCAUUUGGAUUCAUCACCUCAUCAGUCUCUCUUCAGAGCUACUCUGGUCAAGAGGAACUUUACUGUGUCUAUGUGCCGACCAAUCAUCUUUAUAUUGGUGACAUCUUCAUGGUGAACUCAAAGGAUGUCAUAAGACCAAAUCUUUCUGUGCGUGAAGGCAUAGAGAUUGUUGUAUCUGGUGGCAUGUCAAUGCCCCAACUUUUGUCAACCCUCGAUCCGCAUACAAUCCACUCAGACCGCAGUGGAGCAAGCAGAAGCUGAAACGAGCUCGUGUCAGACCUGUUCUACCGUUAACAGCAAGUAAAAUUCUCGCAGAAUACAACAGUACAGCGAACUAGAUCCUGAGCACAAUGUAUUAGUAGUUUGUCACGCUCGAGGAUCACAAGGAUCUGUAAUUAAGUAGAAGUAGGUGACUCACACGUGUUCUACAUCCAAUGGGGUUUGUAUCAUGGCUUGUACCUUACCUUGUACUGCUCGCCUUAGGCGAGGGAAGAUGCUUCCUUAGUUACACCUGUAAUUCCUAACUGUUUGUCUGAGAGUUCUUAGUGCCACUUGUUUUCAGGUUCCAACAAUGUGUCUUUAUGCUGAAUUAUCCUUCUUUCAGUG